AUGAUGAAAUAGAGACUUUAGGAUUAGUUUUAAGAACUGGUUUUUGUACUUAAAAAGGAUAAAUAUUUAGGUCUAUGUUAUACCCAAAAGCAAUUGAAUUCGAAUUUUAUAGAAAAGCAAUAUAUUUUCUUUUAUCAAUAAUUUUAAUUUCUAUUUUUUGAUGCCAUAACAUGGAUUAUUCCUCCUGCUAUGCCUAUUUUUUUUGCAAUUUGCUAGUCUAUGGCUUUAGUUAGGCUUGGAUAUUCGCACAUUAUUGCUGUUGAUCCAUCUUAAACAGUCGUCGCAAGUGAAAUUAAAUUAAUGUGUUUCGAUAAAACAGGCACUUUGACCAAAAAUAAUAUGGAUGUGAUUGGCUUUUGCGAUUUUAACAUUGGUGAGUUAAUCACUAAGUUGCCUAAUUAGAUUAAAGAAGAAAAAUAAAAAGCUCUUUUAUAUGCCUUUGGGACUUGUCAUGGAGUGUAUUUGGUUGAAGGGGAACAUUUGGGAGAUGAGUUAGAUGUUAAAAUGGUUGAAUUUUCAGGAUUUAAGAUCAGGAAAAGUUCUACGUGUAAGUUAGAAGCUUUUAAUGAUAAUUUACUGUUGAAAGUGAUAAAAUAAUGGGAAUUCGAGAGCUAAUUUUAGAGAAUGGGGUGCUUAGUUUAGGAUUAAAAUGGCAAAAAUUACGCGUUUGUAAAAGGCUCGCCAGAAUUAGUAAUUACUGGAAAUAUGCUUAUAGAUAUUUAAUAAAUUAGUAAUUAAAAAUUGCUUAAAGAUAUUCUCUAAAAUACCUUUGUUUUUGCCAGAUGUAAACCUGAAUAGAAAACUGAAAUUAUUUAUAUGCAUUAAACUUUAUUUAAAUAAAAAAUUGGAAUGAUAGGUGAUGGUGCUAAUGAUUGUUCUGCUAUUAAAUAAGCAGAUUUAGGUGUUUCUUUUUGUGAAGCAGAUGCAUCUUUUUCUGCGCCAUUCUCUUAUUAAAAAAAAUCUAUUAAUUGCCUUCCUAUUAUUUUAGCAGAAGGGAGAUGUGUUUUAACAAAUAUGAUUGAAUGUUAUAGAUUAUUAUGUUACUGUUAAUGUUUUUAAAUAUGCAGUAUCUAUUAUAUUACUUUAUGA